AUGGGCGAACAGGUGGCCAAUGGCGACGCAUUCAGUUACAACAAGCACGUGCGCGAUCUACCCUUGACACAAGCUUCCAUUCCAAUACAACAUGUUGGUGUUGUCUCGUCUAUACGACCCAAUGAGGCGUCGUGUGUCUUCCUUACCGAGUUGUCCACAAUGAGAGUUCUCAAGACGUUGAACAUGUUGGAUGAUGGUACCUCUGGCAGCAACAGGAUACGGAUAUCAAAGCAAGAAUGCUGUAUGGUUGGCUCAAUGCAAGACAAUAUGGAUGACGUGGAGAUACGGUUUUAUUUGAGGCAUUGA